CACUCCCGUCUCCAUUUCACCACUACCUCGCCUCUUCGCCUCCGGGAACAGAAGAGAAGACAAACUCCAAAAUCUCAGUCCACAAUUCCUCGCCACUGAUCUUCAAUCUAUCUUGAAAUGGUGAAGAAGCGCGUUCCUGAUUGGCUCAACAGUUCCCUCUGGUCCUCCCCUCCCACAGACGAUCGCCUCCUUCGCUACUCCGCUGCCUCCACCCCCGAGCCGGCUUUGCAGCCUCCGGUUGCAGUGUCGCCUCCAGCGGCAGCAAGACCCAACCCGUCCCCUCCUCCCAGGCCCGAAACAAGAGAUCUAGCUCAUUCUAACAACAUUGAUGACAGCAAAAGCAAUAAUGAUCGGAACGGAAGUUCCUCGGUCCCUUCUCCGGAGGACUUCUCUCGUCAGGCGCAACUAUUGGCCGAGUUGUCCAAGAAGGUAAUAAAUAUGACGGAAUUGCGGAAGAUUGCAUCCCUGGGGAUCCCAGAUGGAGCUGGAAUUAGGUCUACUGUUUGGAAGCUGUUGUUGGGAUAUCUGCCACCUGAUCGUGGACAGUGGUCAUCUGAAUUAGCUAAGAAAAGGUCUCAGUACAAACAUUUUAAGGAGGAGCUCUUGAUGAAUCCAUCAGAAAUCACCAGAAGGUUGGAAAAUUCUACGAGUUGUGAAAAGGAUGAAUUAAAAUCUGAAAGCAGUGGCAUGCUGUCAAGGUCUGAGAUAACUCAUGGAGAGCAUCCAUUGAGCCUUGGGAACUCCAGCAUCUGGAAUCAAUUCUUCAAGGACACGGAGAUCAUAGAGCAGAUUGACCGAGAUGUGAACCGCACUCAUCCAGACAUGCACUUUUUCUCUGGAGACUCACGACUUGCAAAAUCAAAUCAGGAAUCUCUGAGGAACAUAUUGAUUGUGUUUGCUAAGUUAAAUCCGGGUAUAAGAUAUGUUCAAGGGAUGAAUGAAAUCUUGGCUCCAAUAUUCUAUGUAUUCCGAAAUGAUCCUGAUGGGGAAAUGGCAGCUGCUGCCGAAGCAGACACAUUCUUUUGUUUUGUUGAGUUACUGAGUGGGUUCCGUGAUCAUUUCUGUCAGCAACUUGACAACAGUGUUGUGGGAAUCCGCUCCACAAUUACUAGGUUAUCACAGCUCCUAAAAGAACAUGAUGAAGAACUUUGGCGUCAUCUUGAGGUGACAACUAAGGUCAAUCCUCAAUUUUAUGCAUUUAGGUGGAUUACUCUGCUCUUGACACAAGAAUUCAAUUUUGCUGAUUGCCUUCAUAUUUGGGACACACUUUUAAGCGACCCUGAAGGUCCUCAGGAGACCUUGCUUAGAGUAUGCUGCGCAAUGCUGAUUCUUGUUAGAAGGCGCCUGCUAGCAGGGGAUUUCACUGCAAAUCUUAAGCUUCUCCAGAAUUACCCCUCGACAAAUAUUAGCCAUUUGCUCUAUGUUGCAAACAAGUUGCGCACCCAACCCUCUGGGUAAAAAGUUGACCACGCUUCUGUUCCAAUCCUUAGUUUUUAAAGUGUAUUUUUUUUUUGUGUAAAUUUUCUGGGUGUAAAAAUUGGUUGGGACUUAGAGAGACAGCUGAUAUGCUGACCGAAAAUUUCUUAGUUAUCUUGAUGGAAAAGUUUAGUAAUUUUUUUAUUAUUAGAGUUUGAUUAUUUAGUGAAAAUGUAUUGAAAAGAUACCUGCUUUUUUUUGAGUCACAAGAAGAGAAGGAAUUGCUUACAUUUGUUUUAGACAUGAAAUUUGCCAAAUAAAUGCUAGACAAUUGA